GGGAGAUUCAGAUCCACACACAUCCGCAUCCCUCUCUCCUCGGUUUCCUCUCCCACCACCAACCCCCAGAUCGCAGCGAUCUCCGCCGCCGCCCUCUCAGGGAUUCCGCGCGACAAAGUCAGGCGUAGAGGCUCCAGGAGGAGGAGGGAGGCGCAGCAGGGCGGGUGGGGGAGAUGUUCCUCUGGGACUGGUUCUACGGGGUGCUGGCCUCCCUCGGCCUGUGGCAGAAGGAGGCCAAGAUCCUCUUCCUUGGCCUCGACAACGCCGGCAAGACCACGCUGCUCCACAUGCUCAAGGACGAGCGGUUGGUGCAGCACCAGCCGACGCAGCACCCGACGUCGGAGGAGCUCAGCAUCGGCAAGAUCAAGUUCAAGGCCUUCGACCUCGGCGGCCACCAGAUCGCGCGCCGCGUGUGGAAGGAUUACUACGCAAAGGUUGAUGCUGUAGUAUACCUGGUAGAUGCAUAUGAUAAGGAGCGAUUUGCUGAAUCAAAGAAAGAGCUCGAUGCUCUCCUGUCUGAUGAUUCUUUGGCCAAUGUUCCAUUUCUCAUCCUUGGCAACAAGAUUGAUAUCCCAUAUGCUGCCUCUGAAGAGGAGCUACGGUAUCACCUAGGCCUUAGCAACUUCACAACCGGGAAGGGCAAGGUCAACCUUGGCGACUCCAAUGUCCGUCCACUUGAGGUCUUCAUGUGCAGUGUUGUUCGCAAGAUGGGCUACGGUGAUGGUUUCAAGUGGGUCUCCCAGUACAUCAAGUAGGGCCCUCGCUGAGGGCGCAUGCUCAGCCCGGCGAAUUUUUUUGCCUUUUCGUUCCGGUUGGUUCGUGACGAGAACGAACGAUGGUCGCUAGGAAAGUAUCAUGGAGGGUACGAAGAGGAAAAACAGUGCUUAACAUUGUUGAACAUGUUGAAUCUUUAGCGUCAAAACAAUUUAUGUCG